AUGUCCAGUGUAGUAAAGGCAUUAGACGACCUGGCCGCCCAGCUCAUGGGUGUGGUCGAGUGGCUUGACAAACCCGCCACCCUCAAGCCCCAGACUGUAGCUGAUCUUCUCAAGGGCGCUGCAGCUAGCCUUACAACGUUCUCACGCGAGAUAGUAAAGCUAAACGUUAAUGUGGCUAUAUCUAACUCCCGGGGCCCUCAGGAGGCUGCCCAGCCAGCAGCCUACGGCAACAAAGGCACACGCCUAGAGUUCAGUCGCCGUCCUGCUACCAAAGGUACAGCGUCACAGGUGUCUUUCGGAUCCAGAGCUAAGAGUGUGUCCAUUCCGAUGGGUGGGUUCGCAGACGAAGACACGGACCAGUCACCGUCCACUCCCACUCAGUCUGUGCGCACUGGAGGAGGCGUGAACACUCCCUCGAGCAGCCGCCCUCCCGCCAGUGCUGUCGCGUCCUCUUCCGUAGUCAUGGGAGGGUUUGCUGACGAAAGCGACUCUGACGUGCCUGCUCCCAUAAGUCCUUCGCCUGCUUCGGUCUCCCCGUCCUACACCGUGCCGGAGGGCCUGCGUCCGUUCAUAAGACUAACUGUGAACCUUCUCUAA